GUUCACGGUAUCGCGAUGUCGGCGGCGCACGUCGCUUCUCCGCCACCUCUGCGAGAGUACGCUACCGCGAUCGCGACACAACUCUCCAAACAAAUAAAUCAGUCGAUGUGAACAAACUCCAAGCUCAUGGAGCGAUCGUAUCCCACUAUGAGAAUGUAAGACUGGGCGCUGGUGCCGAUUAAAAACGCAAUUCAAUUCGAACGGAAGCGUAAUCUUACCGGGACUCGAUUUAGGUGCGUAAUGUAAAUAGACAAACAUUGUUAAAGAUUUCCGGAAUAGUUUGUUGAUUUAACGCAUACAAUAAGCGUAUUGAAUAUAGGUACAGUUGUUGGAUUUGGUUCAUAGUGCUUAAUCGAGUGAAUGUGCCCCGGCGGGUAACGGCGGGAUGGCUGGAGGUCAGAGACAGUGGAUAGCAGGACUGGUGUGGGCCGUGUUGGGAUCAGUGUUGGCCGAUUCUUGGACCACCUACCAGGAACAGCCAUGCUGUCGUCCUGUGUCUCAUCAUCGAGUCCGACAUCAUAGAGAUCACAUUAGAGAAUUUGCCUGCGGUAACCUUUUUUAUCGCACUUUAUAUAUUAAUGAAGAGAGAAACACACUAUACGUCGGUGCUAUGGACCGAAUAUUUAGGCUUAAUAUGACAGAUAUUAGUCAGUCACAUUGUGAGAGAGAUGCAUUAUUAUUAGAAGCAAGUAAUGUAGCGAGGUGUGUGAGUAAAGGCAAAUCAGAGCCAUUUGAGUGUAGAAACCACAUACGAGUGCUACAGCCUCUCGGCGACGGAGAACGGUUGUACGUGUGCGGUACAAACGCUCAUAGUCCCAAAGACUGGGUGGUCUAUUUAAACCUAACACACCUCCCGCGCCACGAGUACGUGCCAGGAGUAGGGCUCGGCGUGGCCAAGUGCCCCUAUGACCCGGCUGACAACAGCACUGCAGUGUGGGUCACGAAGGGCAACCCCGGCGGCCUGCCAGCGCUCUACGCGGGCACUAACGCCGAGUUCACGAAAGCAGAUCCAGUCAUUUUCAGAAACGACCUCUUCGAUUUUCGAACGGGUCAAAAGCGAUUCAAUUUUAAGAGAACAUUGAAGUAUGACUCGAAAUGGUUGGACAAAACCAAUUUUGUGGGAUCGUUCGAUGUCGGGGACUAUGUUUUGUUCUUUUUUCGGGAAACUGCCGUAGAGUUCAUGAACUGUGGUAAAGCUGUUUACUCCCGCGUGGCAAGAGUAUGCAAACAAGACACUGGUGGCAAGCACAUAUUGAGCCAAAAUUGGGCCACUUAUUUAAAAGCCAGGCUCAACUGUAGCAUACCUGGAGAGUUUCCAUUCUACUUUGAUGAAAUACAAAGUGUGUACCAAAUGCCGGGUGAUCCGACAAAAUUCUACGCUACCUUUACAACGGGCGCCAGUGAUGGGCUCGUCGGGUCCGCAAUCUGUACUUACACCAUGGAAAAUAUUCAAGAAGCAUUUGCAGGAAGAUUUAAAGAACAAGCAACAUCUAGUUCGGCAUGGCUGCCAGUCCUCCGCGCGAGGGUGCCGGAGCCCCGACCCGGCACUUGUGUCAACAACACUGAGGCCUUACCAGAUAACGUCCUGAAUUUUAUCAGGUCACAUCCGCUAAUGGACGCGGCGGUACGGCAUGAUGGCGACUCGCCCGCCUUCUACAAACGUGACCUGGUGCUCACGACGCUGGUCGUCGACAGACAGACUGUUGAUAUGCUGGCUGAUGAUAUCACGUACCCCGUGUUCUACGCUGGCACUAGUGCGGGCGAAGUUUACAAAAUAGUUCAGUGGGCCGGCGGCGGAUCGCGCGUUGUAGAUAUAUGGCGCGCGGCGGGCGACGAGCCCGUACGGGCGCUCGCGCUCUCCAGGCAGGCUCAUGCGCUUUAUCUGGCCACGGACAACAGACUGAGGCAACUGCCUCUACGCGCUUGUGCCCAUAGGUAUGACAGUUGCGUUCGUUGCGUAUUGGAUCCAUAUUGUGGCUGGGAUAAGGAAGUAGGAGCAUGUCGGCCUUAUACGCUGGGCCUUCUACAUGAUGCUACUAAUUCCACUCCAUCAAUAUGUGAAGCAAGCGCCCCGUUGAAAACUGUAAGGGCUGGAUAUGGACAAAGUGUGCAUCUGGCCGCAUUUGGAAAGACGCCUGAAGCCCUGCGCGAUCAGAAUGUGGCAUGGUAUCACCAUUCACGGGAAAGAGGAAGAUACAAAAUAAUUUACAAUUGGGAGCGAGUUCUGCUAACUUCUGAGCGCGGCUUGGUGUUGCUUUCCGUGACUGAUUCUGAUAGAGGCCGAUACGAAUGCUACUUCGGCCCGACGCUCGUCGCCUCCUAUAAUUUAGAUAUAGAUAUUCACAGAUGUACGCAGCCAAAUAAAUCACAGGAGUACAGACAAGUAUACUCUGAUUGGUGUCACGAGUUUGAGAAGUAUAAGAGUGCGAUGAAAGCUUGGGAGUCGCGGCAAAUGCAAUGUUCUAAAAAUAUGAACUCAUCAAGUCAACAGAAUACUAUGAGCAACGAGAUUGUAGCUUCGCUGCGGUGAUAGGAGUCAUUGUUUUUAUUGCCUACAAUCAAAGUAGGUAUUCGCAUUAUAUACAGACUAUGAACGAAUAUACGUGGGGGUUAAUAAAUUACUCGAUUGAAAAUAUUAAACAGAUGUAGUAUUUAAUUUAUUAAGUUUCAUCACGGAUUAUUUUCCAAUGCAAUUGUGUUGCACCAUAAACAUAGGUAUUUUUUUAUUUUCUUGUACUUACAGAUAACUGAAAUUUUAUGUCGAAUAAUGAUCAGACAACAAAGUUUGCUUAAGGAAACCGAUCUCAUUUCUCCCGAAUCGAAAUAUGGUAAUUGACAGAAAUAAAUAUGUUUUGGAUGGAAUGACUCGAACAUUUUAUUAGCUUAUGCUUGUGAAAUUACCAGGGGGAAGCAUAAUUUGGUAAGGGAAUGAUCAGUUAAAAUACAUUUGUCGGUCGUUCCACUGACUGCGUUUGAUGAUGGAUCACUGAUAUUUGUUUGACUUCUGUUACAACAGAAAUACGAUCUUAUUUCAAUUUGUAGAGUUAUCGAUGAUCCAUCCUUUCUAAUAUGAUUAUUUUUUGUAUUAAUUUAUAUGUUAUUAUUAUUAAAACGUCACUAUUCAGUGGCAUUAUUGCACUUUGUUUGGAAGUCUUGAUACAUAAGUAUUUCAAUUAUUAAAAAAAAUAUUUUAUAUGGUUAAAUAAUUGCCCUGGAAUGUUUUCAAAUCUGUUUGAGAUAUAACAAAAAUUUAAUAGUUCCCAAAAAUGUUAAUUUCUAAAUUUAAAAUUUAUGUUGAAAUAAUAAAUUGUAAAUAUUUGUAAACAAUUAUUACGGUGAUAAUCACUAAAAAUGCUGUGAUAUCAGUUCGCGUAUUCGUAUUCACGUAACAAUUUAUUCCUUAAAAAUAUAAUUAAUAAUAUAUUAUGGAUGAAUAUGUACAAAAGACCAACACGAGUAUCUUUUCAUUACAAGUACCUACGUAAGCAAUUACUUAGACGAGCCUAUAGAAAGUCGUGUGUUGCGUCCGAAAUUCUGAUUAAGGAGAGAGCAAUAUGAACGCCAAUUUAGCUUUAAGAUAUAAUCUGUUUAAAGCUUAUUUUCCAAGCAUCCGCUUGGACUGCAGCAGCAUUUACUAUAAAAGUAGUUCUAAACAUUAAGUAAUUACUUAAAAUUUUUGUGUGUGAUAGAUUUGUUUCGAUUUAUCUAGUAACGUUUUAAAUUAAGUUUUAUUUGUUUUACUAUCUCCAUGUUAUUGAUUGAAUCGCCGUAAAAUGUAAUUUUAGGCCCAUUUCGAAGAUUUAAACCGAAUUUAAUAGUUGUUCCCAUUGUUUUCGGUUAAGUUUUAUUGAUAAUCUCGCUAGAAUAGUGCCUUGUGAAGCAUGCUUAAUAGGAUCAUCAAAGUUGAUAUAGUAUUUUGUGUAUGCUAUGAAGAGUUGGCGUAGAUAAGGAUAUAUAAUAAGUUGAAAAUAAAGCAAUAAAAUACAGUGAAUAGAAAAUUUAACAGUAUUAAACAUUGGUUUCAUUGUAAAAUUAUAAUAUGUUAAUUGUUAAUAUUAAAAUAUGCUUCAAUUAUAAAAAAUAUAUCGAAUAGAAUAGCAAACCAUGCCAUUAUACUAUUAUGCAAUAAAUGUUAAUUGUAUAGAAAUAGGAAUUAUUCUAAAAUUUUUAUUCUAACAGAAACACGUUUGAAAUAUAGGUGCAAGUAUAUUAAUUUUCUAAAACAAUGUUGGGUGUAUGACCAAUUUCUAAUU